UCUCCCCAAAUAAAAAAAAAAAAAAUCAUCAAAUUGGUUAAAUUUCACUAGAAAGUUUAUAUAGUUUGUGGUCAUGAGCUCGUUGUGGAGGCGGAGGCGAAAAGGCGGCAAACCGGAAGAGAUAAACUCAGGUAGUGAUCUCGCCAUUCCGACUCAUUUCCGAUGCCCCAUUUCUCUAGAGCUGAUGAAGGACCCGGUGUCUUUGGCCACGGGCGUAACAUAUGACCGGGAGUCCAUCGACAGGUGGCUCGACACGGGGAACACCACGUGCCCCGUGACAAACCAAGUCUUGAGAAACUCGGAUCAAAUCCCAAAUCACGCAUUGAGAAAAAUGAUCCAGGAUUGGUGCAUUGACAACAAAUCUCACGGAGUGGAGAGGAUCCCAACUCCUAGGAUUCCCAUCACCUCCUACGAGGUCUCCGACAUUUGCUCGAGAAUCGUGGCGGCCUCUGGAGGCCGCCACGAUAUCAAGUGCCAAGAAUUGCUUACAAAAAUAAAUAACUUAGCCAAGGAAAGCGACCGAAACAGGCGGUGCCUCGUGAAGAACGGGAUUGGGGCUGCUCUGGCUGAGGCGUUCGCUCGUUUUUCAACCGAGAAACACGAGAAUUUAAAUCUGCUGAGGGAGACCAUGUCAGCAUUGACAUGGAGCUUCCCGCUCGGAGAAGGAGGCGUUUCGGAUCUGAAAUCCGCCACCUCUCUACAUUGCAUGGCGAGGUUCUUAAAGGGCGACGAUCUUUCUUCGAGGAGAGACGCCAUUUUGGUGAUGAGAGAACUCGUGAUUAGCUCCAGAGAAGACGUCCAUAGAUUACUAGAGAUCCAAGGCAUUGAGGAGACGCUGUUCCAAGCGAUGAAAGUACCGAUUUUCCCUGGAGCGACACAAGCGUGUCUAGUCAUUAUUUGCCACAUAAUGAUGCUGUCACAGGAAAAGGUGACAGUGCGGUUUGUGAGAUUAGGGCUGGUCGAUUUGGUGCUUGAAAUACUCGUGGAUGGAAGUAAGAGCGUCUGCGAGAAGGCGCUGGCCGUCUUGGAUGAGAUGUGCAGGACCGGGGAAGGGAAGGAGAGCGCGCGAAGAAGCGCGCUGACGGUUCCUAUACUGGUGAAGAAGAUUCUGCGCGUGUCGGAUGUGGCGUCCGAGCUUUGCGUUGCGAGUCUGUGGAAGGUGUGUUUGGGAGGGGAUGGGGAAGGUGGGCUGGUGGAGGCGGUCGGAGUUGGGGGGUUUCAGAAGCUGUUGCUGCUGCUGCAACUUGGGUGUGCUGACAAAACAAAGGAGAAGGCAACGGACUUGUUGAAGUCUAUGAAUGUGUAUAGGAAAAAGGUUGAGUGUUUUGACUCAUCUUUCGGAUUCAACUAUGUCAAUAGGCCUAAUUAAUUUGAUCAACAAC